GAGCGAGCCAGCCAGGCAGCGAGCUGCGGCGGGCGGAGGCCGAGUCCCUUUCCCGAAGAGCUUGAGCGCCAUGAGCAGCAAAUGCGAUGUGGUCGUGGUGGGGGGCGGCAUCUCAGGUAUGGCAGCAGCUAAACUUCUCCAUGAGGCUGGCUUGAAUGUGGUGGUUUUGGAAGCCCGGAACCGUGUCGGAGGCAGGACCUAUACCAUUAGGAAUCAAAAAGUUAAAUACGUGGACCUUGGUGGAUCUUAUGUUGGGCCAACUCAGAAUCGUAUUUUAAGAUUAUCCAAGGAGCUAGGAUUGGAGACCUACAAAGUGAAUGAAGAAGAGCAUCUAAUCCACCAUGUAAAGGGAAAAUCAUACCCUUUCAGGGGACCAUUCCCACCUGUGUGGAAUCCAAUUGCCUAUCUAGAUCAUAAUAACCUAUGGAGAACAAUGGAUGACAUGGGACAAGAGAUUCCCAGUGAGGCUCCAUGGAAGGCUCCCCUUGCAGAAGAAUGGGACCACAUGACAAUGAAGGAACUUCUGGACAAGAUCUGCUGGACUGAAUCUUCAAAGCAGCUUGCCACUCUCUUUGUGAACCUCUGCGUCACUGCAGAGACCCAUGAAGUGUCUGCGCUCUGGUUCCUGUGGUACGUGAAACAGUGUGGGGGCACAACCAGGAUCGUCUCAACAACCAACGGAGGACAGGAGAGGAAAUUUGUAGGUGGAUCUGGCCAAGUGAGUGAGCGGAUUAUGGAUAUUCUCGGAGACCGAGUCAAACUGGAGAGGCCUGUGACCUAUAUUGACCAGACCGGAGAAAAUGUCGUUGUGGAGACCCUAAACCAUGAGGUGUAUGAGGCGAAAUAUGUAAUUAGUGCUGUUCCUCCUACUCUGGGCAUGAAGAUUCAUUUCAAUCCUCCUCUGCCAAUGCUGAGAAACCAGUUUAUCACGCGUGUGCCUUUGGGUUCAGUCAUCAAGUGUAUGGUUUAUUACAAAGAGCCCUUCUGGAGGAAAAAGGGUGAGUUUAUCCUUUCCCACAAAGCCAGAAAACUGGCACGUCUUAGCAAAGAGGAAAGACUGAAGAAACUUUGUGAGCUCUAUGCGAAAGUUUUGGGAUCCCAAGAAGCUCUUCAGAAUCCAAGGUACCACACUAGCUCUCACCGUUGUGGAAAGCUUCUUCUCUGGCUCUCUGAUACUGACCACUUUUACUUCUUUGCUUUUAUUUUAAGGGUGCUCCGCCAGCCAGUUGGCAGGAUUUUCUUCGCAGGCACUGAGACUGCUACACAUUGGAGUGGUUACAUGGAGGGGGCCGUGGAGGCUGGAGAGAGAGCAGCUCGAGAGAUUCUGCAUGUCAUGGGGCAGAUCCCAGAAGAUGAAAUCUGGCAGUUAGAACCAGAGUCUAAGGAUGUACCUGCGAGGCCCAUUACCACGACCUUCUGGGAGAGAAAUCUACCCUCCGUGCCAGGCCUGCUGAAACUGAUUGGAUUGACCACUGUCUGUUCAGCAGCAGCCCUUUGCUUCCUGGCCCACAAGAAGGGGCUAUUUGUACGGUUUUGAAGAGAAAGAGCCUCUGUUGUCACACACUGUUGUUAAAUUCUGUGUUGUGCAUAAAGAUAACUUAGAGCUCUGACCACAGGAAGCAUGUUGUUUCGUUGUUUCUUUCUCCACGGAGUUCCCUAUCAUCUUUUGCCUGGCUUUUAAGAUCUAGCACCAUUUCUGUCUCCCCUUUCUACAAGUUUAUUCAAUUCCAUGGAUCACUUCAUGUCCACGGGUUUCUGUCCCAUAGGGUUUCAAUGGCUACAAACCUUGACAGAAGCAGAUUGCCCCACCAUUCUCCCAUGGAGAGGCGAGUCAGGUUCAGCUGCUUACCCUUUGGUUAGCAGUGAGAGCUUUACCCACUGCGCCUCCAGGAGUCCUUAUUUCUAAGUUUAUUACUUCUUAAAUCACGACAGUAGUUUAAUAGGCUUGUUUAAUAUCUUUGCAGUUCAGAAGACACCUUGCCCUGUGCACAAACAAUUUGUUUUUUUUCCCUUCCUCUGGCUUUGGGCUGGUCCUUUCUCUUACCAGUAAUAUCCUCAACUUCCCAAGUCCCCUUCAUUGAUGCCUAGUUGGAAUACCUUAGAAGCUAUCUAGUCCAUGACUUUCCAUUUUAAGAGUUGAAUGACCUGAAGAUAAGAGAGGUGAAACUUAUUUGACUAAGAUAUACAAUAUACCUACUGGGGACUAGAACACAGGUCCAUUGCUUGUCCCAUCUCCUAGGAUGUAUUUCCCCACCUCCCACCUCUACUUUCUGCGGUGUCACUGCUGGUCUCCCCUUAUGUUGGUUUGCUUUGCACUAACUUGUAUUGAAAUAAUCCAAUGCCACUUAGUGUAUGCCCUUAAGAGUUUCCCUUUGUGCAGUGUGUCUCUAUCUGAUUUUUUAGCCUUGGAAUCGUGCCUCGCCUUCUUUUCAUAUCUUCUUUUAUGUCUUAAUAUAAGAUCAGUACACAGUAAGUAAUUGAAAAUAAAGUUUAUUCACCAGA